GCUGUAUCAUCAUGACUACUUUUCACUUUUUAUCAUAAUCGCUGUGAACUGAGUUUAGCAGAGUUGUAACUCGUUCUGGAAGUGUCUUUGUUUUGGAUGAUAUUCGCAAUGAAAGACUAUCACACAAAAUUACCUGCGAGCGCAUCUGAGUCGAGUCGCGCUGAAAAAAUGAUGGUCCAUGACAUGAUGGAUGCACUAGUAUUCGGCCGCACGAAUGACAUGCUUGAAACCGAAUAACAUAUCAUUCUUUCCUCGGGAGACACCUUGUUCGGGCCCAUUGCCAUCCAUCAACUUCUCUUAAAAGUGACAUUGUUGUAUCCCCCCCCUCCAAACGCAAAUCAACCUUUGACGAUGCGUUUCACAAUCGUCCUUGCUAUCCUGGCUUCCCUUGGCUUCGCUGCAGCGGCCAGUACGACGGAGACGGAGUGCCCAGCGUGCCCUAAAACUCUGAAAAUUGACAACGUUACUUAUAAUCUUGUCCUCGGUGGCGAAAAGGCUACCCCUGAAGAGCCCAUUAGCUGCUUCUAUGCAGCUGAAAAUGAUAGUGGUAGCCAGACAUAUUGUUCCUAUAAGCCUAAUGGUACAAUCUUAGAGGAUGGGGAUGGUUACUGCCCAAAAAAGGUUCCCGUUAGUGCAGACAACUGUGUUUAACUCGCCGUUUGGGGUGGCCAUCGUGUUUCAACACGAGGAAUGUGCUGCAGAUUGAUAGGAACGGGUUGCUGAGCAGAGAAUGCGAACAGUUCAACUGCGCUGGGUGGGAGAAGAUAAGGGGUGUUACGCUAGGGAAACCAUUGCAGGAGAAAAUAAAUGAGCGGAGGUCGGUUACAAAUAUCUUGAGAUUGUAGGAUCGAAAAGGAAUCAUAUUUUUUGCAUCGAUAAU